UCAAGAGGUGGUUAUCAAUGGCGGAACCUCGAGAUCAACGAAGGAGAAGAAGAAGAAGCUAUGUGCAUAGCAGUGUGGGCAUGGCGAUCUCACGAUGAGUACGAGCUUGUUCUCUUGCUCAACAGGGACGAGUACCAUGAAAGACCGACAGAGGCUGUGUCAUGGUGGGGAGAUGGUGAGAAGAGGAUUUUGGGAGGAAGGGAUCGAGUGGCUGGAGGUACGUGGCUGUGUUGCUCCAAGGAUGGGAGGUUGGCCUUCCUCACUAACUUCAGGGAGCCUGAUGUUUGCCCUAAUUUGAAGUCCAGGGGGGAUUUGCCUGUCAGGUUCUUAGAGAGCACAAAGAGUCCUCUUGAGUUUGCUGAGGAAAUAGCUAAGGAGGCGGACCAGUACAAUGGAUUCAAUCUAAUAAUAGCCGAUCUUUGCUUGAAAGUCAUGGCCUAUGUUUCCAACGGGCCAAAGGGAAAGCCCACAAUUGUUCAAUUGGUUACUCCUGGUCUGCAUGUACUCUCCAAUGCAAAUCUAGACACUCCAUGGUGCAAGGCACAACGCUUGGUUCAGAAUUUCGAGAAGUUACUUAUGAAGCAGGAAGGAGAUGUCCCUCUGAAAGAGAUGGCGGAAAAACUGAUGCAAGACACUACUAGAGUCGAUCAAGAUCAGUUGCCCAAUACUGGUUGUGGUCUUGAAAAAGAAAGUUUGUUAAGUUCUAUUUUCAUUGACAUUGACAAUGAUCAGGGCCGCUAUGGAACCAGAAGCACGAUUGCUUUAUGUGUGAGGGAAAAUGCAGUGACUUUAUUCGAGAGGUAUUUGGAGAGUGGUCUGUGGAAGGAGCAUACUUUUCAAUACCAAAUAGAGUCGAUGUGUCAGAAAGAAGGGUAAUAGCUUCAUUCACGGAACGGCCAUGAUACUAAUGAAGGGCUGUUAAUGACUUCAACCGUGCUCCGUCCGGCAGCAAAGGAAACCGCCGCAUUAUAGAACACAACAAUGCGUGAAAAUAAAUUCGUAUCAAAGCCUGGUUGUAUGACUUGCUGAUAAAAAUGUUUUCAUGCAGUACUUGAAUAUCGAAAGAAUGAAAAUGAAGUGUGUUAAACUGCUCGAAAUAGAAGAAAAAUAACAGUUGCAUGAACUUUUUUGAAAGAAGCAUUCGGUUAACGAGUUUAAUGU